AUGCUUCUCACCCGACUUCUCGGCGUUGCCGCCCUCGCGCGGUGUGCUGCCAGUUCCAGCGAUGCUCAGCUGCCCUUGGGUGACUCGGCCACAGCUCCGAGCUCGAAAUACCCGACAGAAGCCGACGACGAUGCGCCUGCUUGGCGCAACUCGUUCCUCGACCUGCACCGUUCCAUUGUCGAGAUUUCCUCCAUUUCCGGCACCGAAGCCGACGUCGGCCAAUACCUAUUUGACUAUCUCCUACAAAAGGGCUACUCGGUCGAGAAGCAGAAGGUCCAGUCCAGGAAAAACACGGACAAAUCCAAGGGUCGUUUCAACGUGCUGGCAUGGAGAGGCGACUCACGGACGCUGCAGUCCAAAGUCCUCGUGACGUCGCACAUUGAUGUCGUGCCGCCGCAUAUCCCCUACGGAAUCGAGGACGGCAAAGUGAACAAGGACACGAAGAUCUGGGGUCGCGGCAGCGUCGACGCCAAGGCCAGUGUCGUUGCGCAGAUCCAGGCCCUUGAGAAUCUGCUCAAGGAGGGCAAGGUCGAGGAAGAUGAUGUGUCAUUGCUGUUCGUCGUCGGCGAGGAAGACCAGGGCGACGGCAUGCAUACGUUCUCCGAAUCUCUCCUCGAAGCGAACCCCCCUCAAAGCUUUAAUGCCGUCAUCUUCGGAGAGCCCACCGAGAACAAGUUGGCGUGCGGCCACAAGGGUGGCGUCUUUGGCAACAUCACGGCAAAGGGUGUUGCUGGCCAUUCGGGCGACGAGACGUUUGGAAACACAACGGUCAAUAUUGGCCGAUUCGACGGCGGUGUCGCGGCCAACGUCAUCCCCGACCAUGCAUUCGUCGGGAUUGCUGUCCGCGUAGCCAUUGGUCCCCAGAAGACUGGCGGAGACAUUGUCCAGGCUCGUAUUCAGGCCAUCCUAGAUGAGGUCGACGAGGAUGCUUUUACUAUGACCAUCUCGCACAACUACGGCGUUGUGGAAGCCAACUGUGAAGUGAAUGGUUUUGAGACGGCCGUUAUGAACUACGGGACGGACAUUCCCAACCUCAAAGGCAACCACACGCGGUACUUGUACGGGCCUGGAAGUAUACUGGUCGCUCACGGCGACAAUGAGAGCCUUACAGUUGGUGACCUGGAGACGGCUGUUGACGGGUUUGAAAGGCUCAUUCUCCACACUUUGAAAGAGUCGUCUUGA